AUACUACGCAUAUAAAGCGCAGUGGAGUCCAAUGCGCCUAUCAGCGCUCCGGUGCGUGAGGACGGAAUGGACGCCAUGCUAGAAAACUCGGUCUUCUCCUGCUUUGUGUUUUACAGCAUACUGUUAAUCCUGAAGAUGUACACCAUUGCUGUCAUCACUGGACAAGUGAGGCUUCGGAAAAAGGCAUUUGCUAAUCCAGAGGAUGCAGAGCGCCAUGGAGGAGCACAAUUCUGCCGUACAGACCCAUACGUGGAGCGCUGUCGGAGAGCUCAUUUCAACGCGAUGGAAAAUAUCUUACCCUUCAUUUUUCUGGGUGCCAUCUACUCCAUGACGGGACCAUCACUGCUUAUAGCAAAAGUUCACUUCCUGGUCUUUUUCUUGGGUCGGAUGUUGCACAGUGUCGCCUACCUAUUUGCCCUAAAACCACCAACACGCUCAUUAGCCUACAUCAUUGCUCAAGUUCCCUGUAUCUCCAUGGCCAUACAGAUACUUCUCACUGUGGGCUUUUCUGUAUGAGACAUAACUCUUUAAUUAAGUUGCUACUAUUUUAAUUAUUGAUAGCUUGAGGACUAAAUAUAAUGCUUCCAUUCAGUAUAUUGUUUGUGGGACAAUUAUAUUAUCAGUUUGCCAAUGAGCCAAGUAGAUCACUAUGCUUUUAUGAGAAACUGUUAAGAUUGUAAUGGUCUGUUUUCAUUUCACUUUGUUGUAUUUGUUGGAAGGCUGGAGUGUCAGGAAUCAAAUGAAAAUUUGAGUAAGGCUCAGUGUCCUAAAACUAGUGGCCAUGAAAGUUUCUUCUGACUGUUUACAAAGCAGCGGCUACUCUGUAAAAGCCAUGUCAACAAUGACAAAAGUGUUACUCAAAAGAUUUUCAGUUAAAUGAUUGGAUACCAUUUUAAAAGUGCCUUGCACAGUGUGGGACUUUUAGAGCUAGUGUAGCUUUAAAUACAUGUUUUUACACAAAAACUAGCUUAGCCGCUCCUUCUUGUAGAUUGUAGAACUCAUUGGGGGGAAGUCGUGGCCUAAUGGUUAGAGAGUCUGACUCGUAACCCUAAGGUUGUGGGUUCGAGUCUUGGGCCGGCCACGAAUAAGGUGCCCUUGAGCAAGGCACCGAACCCCCCAACUGCUUCCCACUGCUCCGGGUGUGUGUUCAUGGUGUGUGUGUUCACUGCUGUGUGUGUGCACUUUGGAUGGGUUAAAUGCAGAGAACACAUUCUGAGUAUGGGUCACCAUACUUAGCUGUAUGUCACAUCACUCAUGGCAACAUGGUUACUUUGCCUGUUACAGUUUAAAGCUGCAUUAUGUGAUUAUGCUAGAAAUUAGCAAGUGCUAGAUGACCUGAUCGCCACCAAAACCCAUGCUUGUGCACUGCCUAAGAUAAUGUUUACGCAUGUGUGUCAAUGUUCUAAAAAGAUGAAUUAAUUAGUAGUCUAUUAGCUAGCUUUUGUUUAGUUGUUUGUUUAGGUGAGCUAGCUACAUGUAAAAUACUCACUCGUUUAGCCAAAUUUGCAAAGCUGGCAGUUAUAUACACAAGCAAAAUGUAAUGUUUUAGAUUCUGCUAGAGAUAAGACUAUUAUAAUGCAGACUUUCCCAGAUAAUAAGCUUUCCCAGAUGUUCUGUCGCUCUCUUAGGCUCUUUCCAACACACAAACAGCAUCAUGGAAUGUUUACUUUAUGUUUCAGUUAAUUUGCUAGUUUUGCUAGCUCUGCUGAAAAAAUAUAAAAUGCUGUUCUUGUUGCAACACAUAAUUUCCCCAUGGUGGAAAAAGCAGAUAAACCUGAUAAAGCAGAUACUGUAAGUUUUUUCGUGCUUCAAGGGUCCUCCUUUGAUUAAUUGAUGCAAACUACUUUUAAAACAAAAACUACAGUGCAGAAUAAAUGUAAAACAACAACACAGUAAAUUCAGCAACACAACAUCUACUCCAAAUGGAAAGGGUGUCCUUUUUAAACAUCACAUGGUAAAACUGUACUUUUUCCAUUCUACUGAAUAACCAAGGCCUUUACAUUUUCACAUGCUCAUACAAAUCAAUUGGCAAAGUGACAGCGUAUCUGUGACGCAUUUGAUGAAAACAAGUGCAGAUAAAAGCAUGAGAAGAUGUAGGCUUACAUUUCCUCUCGGUGUAAACAUCCUCUCUAGACUUAAUGUAGAUAAUCAGCAGCAAGCAUGUGAUGUUUAAUAAGGACCUAAACUUUCUAUUUCAAGUUAAUGUUGUUGCAUCUUCAGCUUUACUGUCGGCUUUUUUUCCGGUUUGCUAACAUGUUUUGGCCGCUGUAGGUAGUAAUCACCGACAUAUUACCAUAAAUACCCUAAAUCUGAAAGUUAAAAAAGCUCUAAAAGCUAAAAAAUUCUACUAAUGAUACGAACGUCUUUUCAAUUAGCAAAUGAACUGCUGAUUACAUUUUUACAGUGUAAUUAUGAAUGUGUGCUAUCUGAUUUUAUAUUCCACCUGUCUUUUACAUUAGCUCCUUUCCCCAGUUUAGUAGUUUUUCAUUUUCUAUCACACAUUGCAGCUUUAACGUGUGCUAAUUAAACAAUGUCUUUAUGUCAAAGAUGCUUGAUGAUUAUAAUCAUGUAUAGUGUUUUAAUACUGUAUUUUUUACUGUGUAUUUGUACAAUAAAUUAUUAUUUAGUUCUUUAUCUAAAGCAUAUAUUUUGUAUAUUUACCAUUUUUUCAAAUAGUCUGAUGUCUCUGAGUAUGACACAGCUGCCGAAUAUAUAUAUAAAAGUGUGUCUAAUAAAGGUAUUAUCCAGAA